CGCUAAUCUUGUUGUCGACACCCACGUCCUCGGCGACCGUCACGAUGAGCACGACCGCGUCGAGCCUGGAGCCUCUCUUUACACUUGUGGCCCAGUCUUAUGAAACCCUAGAGUCUACGUUUUACAAGAUCCCCGGCUCGGCAGUCAUCGCACGCUAUGUGAAGUCCUCCCACCGCGAUGAUCCUGGGCGCACGCUCCUCGAGGUCAUUCUCAUUAUAUUCGCCAUCCGCACGCUGCUCCAGUCGAGGACCAAAGCCGAAGCCUCCGGCAAGCACUUUAUCGAGUUUUCGGAGAAGGAAAUCGGCGAGCUCGUUGAUGAAUGGUCUCCAGAACCUCUCGCUCAGCCCUUGAAUGAGGCUGAACGAGCCGAGUUAGACUCUGUCCCUGUCGUUGUUGGUCCGACGGGACCAAAGCCAAAGCUCGCGAAUGGAAAGACGGUGCUAAACCUGGCCAGCUACAACUUCGCGGGUCUCGCAGGAAACCAGAUAAUCAAGGAGCGCUGCAUUGAUAUCCUACGAAGAUAUGGCUUGGGGAGUUGCAGUCCGCCUGGAUUCUAUGGUAGCCAGGACGUCCAGACUCAGCUUGAGCAGGACAUUGCGGACUUCCUGGGCACCGAAGAUGCCAUCCUGUACUCUCAGGCAUUCUCCACGAUCUCGUCCGUCAUCCCCGCCUUCUGCAAGCGUGGCGACAUCAUCGUUGCGGACCGCAGCGUGAACUUCGCGAUCCAGAAGGGCCUGCAAAUCUCGCGUUGCACUGUGCGCUGGUAUGACCACAACGACAUGGAGAGCCUGCAGCACGUGCUUGAGAGUGUUGAGAAGGAGCGCAUCAAGAAGAACUGGCCCUUGACGCGGCGCUUCAUAGUGACGGAGGGUAUCUUCGAGCAUGACGGGGUGAUGUCUGACCUCCCGAAACUCAUCGAGCUCAAGCUGAAGUACAAGUACCGCCUGAUCCUUGACGAGAGUGUAUCGUUCGGGAGCGUCGGUCGGACUGGACGCGGCCUCACGGAGCUUUACAAUGUCCCUGUGUCCCAGGUCGACAUGCUCGUAGGAUCGGUGGCCAACGGUCUUACUGCGACCGGGGGUUUCUGCGCCGGGUCGCAUAUCGUAGUCAAGCAUCAACGCAUCAACGGGACGUCUUAUGUUUUCUCUGCGGCCAUGCCGCCCCUCAUGACCGUCGCUGCAUCAGAAGGGAUCAGUGUUUUGCGCAACACCCCCUCCAUCCUCACCACACUACAGGAAAACAUUCGGGUAGUACGCGCCAUCCUAGACAAGGUGGACUGCAUCACCAUCCCUUCACACAACGCGAGUGCUGUGAUCCACAUCAAUGUGCGCACGCCCUCGUCCACGCCCGCGCCAGCGCAGUUGCUAUCGCCGACGCCUCUGUCACCGGCCAUACCGGCCACACCGCUGUCACCUUCGUCGGCCAAAUUGUCGAACCCUACUUCCGUCCGCCCACGGCACCCGGUUCAAUUCGAUGCGGAGCUUGAGGAGCGCCUCUUGCAGGAUAUCGUAGACGACGCGCUUGCGCAGGGUGUGCUGAUUACUCGCGCGAAGAGGCUGCGUGACCAGGAGCUGAUCGGGGCACGCCCCAGCAUCCGCCUCGCUAUCAGUGCAGCAAUGUCGAAGAAGGACUGCGAGAAGGCCGCGAAUGUUAUCAAAACCUCGUGCGUCAAGGUUCUGAGUAGGCGUCGUUAGAAGAAUCUGGGUCGGCUGGGUUGCCGUGGUAUUUAUAGUAUUGGGUGUUGAUUGCCCUGCAUAUAUCAUACUCAUGUAAUAUCUGCUGCAGUGCCAUGCUCACACUGUCGCUUACCCAAGCUACUUAUGGGGACACUACAAUUGCGAUGAGCAAGCUAUUCUCUGCUAUUCUAGGCUUUUCAGCAACUUUUCAGCUAA